AUGCGGCAGGUAGGUCGGGCACCGUGUGACACCGGUUCAAAUGGGAGAACCUUCUCCCGUCACGUGAUCCAGUUUCUCGCUGGCAUUUCAAACGUAGGUCUGCAACAUCUGCGGGAUUUCGAUUCCGACGCCCCGCCCCCGCUCUCACAGUCCCCGGAUGGGCGGUGGUUUUAUUUCCUUUCUGCGUUGAAGCAGUUCGUCGGCGGGGAGCCAGGGGCCGGACAAAUUGAUCAAGGUCGCAUCGGUCUCUCCUCCGAAAUGACAUCUCAGGCCCUGGAGGAGUUUCUGGGUCCAUUUACGUAUCAAAGAAUCUGCCAGGUGAUUGACUGGAUGAAGAAGGAUGUAAAACGCCAGACUGAAAAAACAGAGAGUGAAGCUGGUAAAAGGAGCCUCCUGAAAACUUUGCACUACCUGUUUGAGUCUGAGAAUCGUGGGCUGGCUAAGGUCGCAGUGCGAUCUGUGGAGACACUUUCCUUCAGUGGAAUGUCUUUGACCCCGAUUGAAUGUGUAGUCUUGUCACAAGUCAUCGGGCUUUCUGAUACAAUAAAAUGUCUCGACCUGGAUCGCUGCGACAUUCAGCAUGAAAGUCUCCAAUGGUUUGGACACGGGCUGCACAAGUGCCAGGAGUUGAGCCUGGUAGGUAAUAAGCUGGGAGACUCGGGAGUGAAAUUGGUGUCUGCAGCUCUGAGGAACCCGGAGUGUAAAAUACAGAAACUGUGGCUGGAGAAAGUUGAUCUCACAGCUUCUGGUGUCGAGGAUCUCGUAUCCGCUCUCAAUAUAAACAAAUCACUGACGGGACUGAACCUGAGUGACAAUAACCUGGGAGAUUCGGGAGUGAAACUAUUGAUUGCAGCUUUGUGGAAACCCAAGUGUAAUAUAAAGAAACUGUGGCUGAGGUAUAUCGGUCUCACAGAUUCUGGUGCCGAGGAUCUUAUGCCCGCUCUCAGUACAAACCCAUCACUGACGGAGCUGUACCUGAGUGAUAAUAAAAUUGGAGAUUCAGGAGUGAAUCUGGUGUCUGAGGCUCUGAGGAACCCGGAGUGUAAAAUACAGAAACUGUGGCUGAGGGGUGUCGAUCUCACAGAUUCUGGUGCCAAUGGUCUCAUCUCCGCUCUCAGUACAAUUGGAUCACUCACGGAGCUGGACCUGAGUUACAACUCGCUCACAGACCAAUUUGUCUCCGCUCUCCACCACUUCAUCCUGACUCAUCCGAGGCUGAUGCUGAUAUGGCUGCGGUGCAAUCGUUUCAGUGAAAUCAGGAAGAAGGAAAUGAAAUCGCUGGGAGAAUCCAAAUAUGGACUACAAGUGGACAUCUGAAUUCCUGAACAUUCCCGCCCGUGGGAUGGGGAUAUUUUGGCUGAUUCCCGCACUCCGCUUAAUUGAUCACUCUCCCCUUUAAUUCCCAACGAUUAUAAGAGAUGUUAAAUCCAAUUCUCAUCCCAAUAUGUCAAUCCACAGUUUCCUUGAUGAGGCCUCAACUAGGUUUGAGGAACAACACCUGGGUAGGAUCCAAACUGCUGGAUAGAACAUCGAUUUAACAAGCACCAGCCACAUCCCCUUCACCAAUCCCUGUCCCCUUUUUCCUCUCUCAUCUUACUUCCUGGCUUGCCCAUCACCUUUCUAGGGCGUCCGUUCCCGUUUUAUUUCUUCCAUCACAUUCUGUCCUCUCCUAUUGGGUUCCCCAUUCUCUAGCCUACAUCUCUUUCACCUAACAACGCAGAUCUUUAUUUUACUCACCUCUCCCCCUGUUUUAACUAUAACCAUGUGUUUCUCCCUCCCUUUUCCCCACCUUCCAACUCUGACCCCAUUGUUUCCCUGUCCUGAUGAAGUGUCUCGGCCUGAAACGUCGGCUGUACUCUUUACCACAGAUGCUGCCUGUGCUUGACUUUUGUGUUCCUCCACUAUUCUGUGUGCAUUUCCAGAAUCAGCGGAUUUACUUUUGCUUGUAACGGGCCCUGGCUCCUGCCUCGGUCUAUGACAUCAAAGGAGGUCCCACAAGCGUAAUCCUGCUUGCUGUUCAGCGACACUUCUUCCUCUGAAUGUCCGGAUCCGAGUGCUCCCGAAAUUAGGCCCUGAGGAAUUAUACAGACAGGAAUGGGCCGGGGGUAUGGCACAGCCUGGGACACCAGUGUCCUUGGAUGGGAUUAUCCGCGGAGGGAAUCUUAUGCUCACUUUGGGCCAAGGACGGUAUACUGAGCAAUCUGGACGACAUAAUUAUUUAAAUUGACAAAUACCUCGGUAGUGAGCUUGGGUCUACAGUGAUACCGGACACCGUCCUGACGUGGAGAAUGAUGGUGAGAAAAAGAACUGGUUAUUCAAACUGUCACUCGCUGUCGCCAGUCAGUUAAUUGUGUGUGAUUGUGAUAGUAUCAUAAGAACAUGGGAAUAGGAGCAGGAGUAGACCAACUGGCCCAAAACUGUUCCGCCAUUCGAUAAGAUUAUGACUGAUGUGGCUAUGGCCUCACCCCCACCUAUCUGCAUUUUCCGCGUACCCUAUCCAUUCCCCAACUAUGGAAAAAUGUAUCCAACCGUGCCUGAAAUAUAUUGACUGAUGUACCCUCCAAUGCUUCAUUGGGCAAAUAGUUUCACAGAUUCAUGACUCUCUGGAAAAAGCAGUUCCGCCUCAUCUCCAUCCUAAAACUACUCCCUGGAAUCUUGAGGCUAUAUCCACUAGUUAUGGUCUCACCUAUCAGAGGGAACAGUUUCGCCUUUAUCUUAUCUAUCACUUCCAUAUAAGAUCUCCUUUCAUUCUUCUGAAUACCAGCGAGUACAGUCCCAGGCAGCUCAAACUGUCCUCAUAGUCUAAACUCUUCAUCUCUGGAUCAACCUGGUGAACUUCCCCCGCACUGUCUCCAAAGCCAGUAUAUCCUUCUUCAAUUAAGGAGACCAGAAAAGCGUGUAGUACUCCCGGUGCGGCCUCACCUGCACCGGUACCCUGCACAGCUGCAGCAUAAACUACCCCUCCCCCGCCCCAGCUAUUCAGCUUAAAGCUGAAUAGUUAUGGGAAUGGCUACGAUCAUGGUCCCAUCACGGUUCAAGUGAAGCCCGUCCUAUUAGUACAGCUCCCACCUUUCCUAAACCUUUGACAUGUUCCCGUGAAUUCAGAUUCACUUCUCCCAGACCAAUCCUGGAGCCGGGCAUUUAACUCACUAACCUUCUUGACCCUAUGCCAAUUUGCAUCUGGCUCAGAGAUUACCACCAUUUUGGUGCUUUUUUUUUGAAAUUUAGUCCCUAGCAGCUCAAAUUCUCUCAGCAUACCUCUUACCUCGUUUUUCCUAUGUCGUUGGCACUCACACGGACCACGACAACGGGAGCUUUCCCCACCCACUGCAAUUCCUCUGCAGGUUUGAUAAGAUGUCCCGAACCCGGGCACCAGGCCGGCAACAUAACCUUCUGGACUCUUUAUCCUUGCGACCGAGAACUCUGUCAAUUCCACUGACUAUACCACCGCAUUUCUCUUCUCUCCCACCUCCCCAACCCCCUUGAAUAGCUCCUUGAACUACGGUGCCACCGUUAGGUUGCUCAUCCUUCCUACAGUCCCCGUAAUCUACACAGGGAGCAAGAAUCUGAGACCAACACGUACAAACAAGCUGGAUGAACUCAGUAGGUCGGGCAGCAUUCGUUAACCGCUCCUGUCAACUGCUGAGUUCCUGAGUUCAUCCAGCUUGUUUGUACGUGUUGAUUUGACCACAACAUCUGCAUUUGAUCGAUCUGUGGCCAUCUAUUGCAAAAAAAAAAAAUACACAACGAAAAUCGCCAGCAAUGAUUCUGGGGAUAGUGACUGUGUUCAGCUGGUUCAGGACCACUUACUGGUAUUUUCUGUCUUCACAGUAUUAUACAAUGAUAAUUACUCCA